GAAGCGCCUGCGCCUGGGCUGCCGGUCGGUUGCUGGGUAACCGCGUCAGGGAGGAGUUGACUCUAUACCGCAAGGGCAAGGGGACCCACCACGACGGCUGUCCCCAAAGAACCCCUGCGACUGGGAAUUGAAGUGGAAGAGAGUUCAAAUUUCCUGUGCGUGGUCGAGCAGACGGACAUAUUUCUUGUCCUCAGGCGAGGGAGCGUUUUACGUGCUCUCCAGGGUUGAGAUUUCUGCUUCCGCGAAGAUGCCCCCUAAACAGACUCGUAGGCAGAGCAUCAGCGUGGGCAGAGGAACCAAGAAGAGAGAAGAAGAUUCAGGGACUGAAGUGGGAGAAGGGACAGAAGACUGGAUUCAGUCCAAAGCCGCAGUUAGACCCCCUGACCAGCUGGAGUUGACCGAUGCGGAGUUAAAGGAAGAGUUCACCCGGAUACUGACAGCCAACAACCCACACGCACCCCAGAACAUUGUCAGGUAUAGCUUCAAAGAAGGCACAUACAAACCUAUUGGCUUUGUGGACCAACUGGCAGUUCACUUCACCCAAGUUGGGAACCUGAUCCCCAAAGACUCAGAUGAAGGACGGCGACAACAUUAUCGUGAGGAAUUAACAGCAGGUUCUCAGGAUUCUGCCAAGGUGGUGAUUUCAGAAACAGAAAAUCUUGAAGAAGAUGAAGAGCCCAAGGAAUUAGAAGCUGAAGCUGGAAGUCAAGUAGAUGAGACUGCAGCUGGGAUACCUGAAAAAGUGACUGAAGAAUCAGUGGAGACUAUGCAGCCCAAGGAGCGAAAGCUCACUAACAAGUUCAACUUCAGUGAGAGGGCCUCACAGACUCUCAACAACCGUCUCCGGGACCGGGAAUGCCAGAUGGAGCCUCCUCCCAGAACAAACUUUUCAGCCACAGCCAAUCAGUGGGAGAUUUAUGAUGCCUAUGUAGAGGAGCUUGAGAAGCAGGAAAAGACCAAAGAGAAGGAGAAGGCAAAGAUGCCAGUAGCUAAAAAAACAGGGAAGAUGGCUAUGAGGAAGCUGACAUCUAUGGAGUCCCAGAGUGAUGAUAUCACCAAAGUGUCUCAAGCUGCUAAAAUAGUGGAGCGGAUGGUUAACCAGAAUACAUAUGAUGACAUUGCUCAAGAUUUUAAGUACUAUGAGGAUGCUGCUGACGAAUACCGAGACCAGGAGGGGACCCUGCUGCCGCUCUGGAAAUUCCAAAAUGACAAAGCCAAGCGCCUCGCGGUCACCGCCCUCUGCUGGAAUCCGAAGUACAGGGAUCUUUUUGCAGUGGGACAUGGCUCCUAUGACUUCAUGAAGCAGAGCCGAGGCAUGCUGCUGCUCUACAGCAUGAAGAACCCCAGCUUCCCAGAAUACAUCUUCAGCAGUGACAGCGGCAUCAUGUGUCUCGACAUUCAUGUGGACCACCCCUACCUGGUGGUAGUGGGCCACUAUGACGGCAAUGUGGCCAUUUACAACCUCAAGAAGCCUCAGUCUCAGCCCUCCUUCCGCAGCACAGCCAAGUCUGGCAAGCACACAGACCCUGUAUGGCAGGUCAAGUGGCAGAAGGAUGACAUGGACCAAAACCUUAACUUCUUCUCUGUGUCAUCUGAUGGCAGGAUUGUGUCUUGGACGCUUGUGAAGAGUGAGCUGGUUCACACAGAUGUCAUCAAGCUGAAGGUGGAAGGCAGCACCACAGAAGUUUCUGAGGGGUUGCAGCUAUACACUGUGGGCUGUGGCACCGCCUUUGACUUCCACAAAGAGAUCGACUACCUGUUCCUAGUGGGCACAGAGGAGGGAAAAAUCUACAAGUGCUCUAAAUCCUAUUCCAGCCAAUUCCUCGACACAUAUGAUGCCCACAACAUGGCGGUGGAUGCUGUAUCCUGGAACCCAUACCACACCAAGGUCUUCAUGUCCUGCAGCUCUGAUUGGACAGUGAAGAUCUGGGACCAUACUAUCAAGACCCCCAUGUUCAUCUAUGACCUGAACUCAGCUGUGGGUGAUGUGGCCUGGGCACCAUACUCUUCUACUGUAUUUGCAGCAGUUACCACAGAUGGGAAGGCCCAUGUGUUUGACUUAGCGGUCAACAAGUAUGAGGCCAUCUGCAACCAGCCUGUGGUGGCCAGAAAGAAGAACAAAAUCACCCAUGUGCAGUUCAACCCCAUCCACCCCAUCAUCAUUGUGGGCGAUGACCGUGGGCACGUCACCUGUCUCAAACUCUCACCCAACUUACGCAAGAUGCCAAAGGAAAAGAAAGGGCAGGAAGUGCAGAAGGGUCCAGCUGUGGAGAUCGCAAAAUUGGACAAACUGCUGAACCUGGUGAGGGAAGUGAAAACCAAGACCUGAGAGCCUGCCCUCAGUCCCUGUCCCAUUUCUUGAACCUUUUAGUGCCUGACCCUGGUCACUUAGCCCAAACUUAGCUCCUGGCAUGUCACCCCACCCCUGAUUAGGUCCCAGCAUUUGCCCUUCUCAUUCUGUUCAAGGUCCCAGCACCUUACCACAAGAUUUGGCCCUCAACCACCAUUACCCCUUCUUUGCACAAAUAAACCUACAUCUGGAAGCCCA